AUUUCUGCCUGUUCAUAGCAUACAAACUGACUUCACUGGUGUUGGAGCAACACUUACAAUACGGAAGGCAGAGAGCUUUUCAAAGGUCUGAAGCCCAUCAGCAGACGUCCCUGAAGAACCUUUGAAGUGGAGAUGACACACGCUGAAAAAGAAGCAAAUGGAUUAGACAAUCCAACUUUUAUUACUGAUGAUGGCAAACAUUACUGUAACUUCACUGAAGAUGGUACUACAGUGCUAGACUAUGAAGAAAAGCCAGAAGACUUCAGCAAACAAGGCUGUAACAAGAUAGCCUAUACUGUCACAGAGAUACCUCCAUGGUACCUCUGCAUCUUCCUUGGAAUUCAGCAUUACUUGACUGCACUUGGAGGUCUUGUUGCAAUUCCUCUCAUCCUUUCCAAAUCACUUUGCCUGGAGCAGGACACCCUGACACAGAGUCAUCUGAUCAGCACCAUCUUUUUCGUCUCAGGGAUCUGCACUCUUCUUCAGGUCAUCUUUGGAGUAAGGCUACCUAUUCUACAAGGAGGAACCUUUGCAUUUUUAACUCCUUCACUGGCCAUGCUCAGUCUACCCUCCUGGAAGUGCCCUGCUUGGACCAAUAAUGCCAGCAUGGUGGAUCCUACUUCCCCAGAUUUCAUUGAGCUAUGGCAGGUUCGAAUGAGAGAGUUGCAGGGAGCAAUUAUGGUAGCUUCCUGCUUCCAAAUUUUUGUUGGCUUUUCGGGUCUCAUUGGAUUUCUGAUGCGGUUCAUUGGCCCUCUGACCAUUGCUCCAACCAUAACCUUGGUGGCGCUGCCUCUCUUUAGCUCAGCAGGGAGAGAUGCCGGAGAACACUGGGGUGUAGCAGCCAUAACAAUUUUCUUCAUAGUCUUAUUCUCUCAGUAUCUGAAAAAUGUUCCUGUUCCACUACCGUCCUACCAGAAAAGCAAAAAAUGCCAUUUCUCCAAGAUCUACCUCUUCCAGAUCUUUCCAGUGCUGUUUGCUCUCACAAUUACGUGGCUAUUAUGUUUUGUACUCACCAUCACCAAUGUUUUCCCUUCGGACGCUGGGGCUUAUGGUUAUUUAGCUCGGACUGACAGCAAAGGUGAUGUCCUGACCAAGGCGCCCUGGUUUCGAUUUCCUUACCCAGGCCAGUGGGGAGUGCCCACAAUUAGUCUGGCUGGUGUAUUUGGCAUCAUAGCUGGAGUGAUCUCCUCCAUGGUGGAGUCAGUGGGAGAUUACUACGCCUGUGCUCGUUUGUCUGGUGCUCCACCCCCUCCCAAGCAUGCAAUAAAUCGUGGAAUUGGGAUAGAAGGGAUCGGCUGCCUUCUGGCUGGAGCCUGGGGAACAGGAAAUGGUACCACUUCUUACAGCGAAAAUGUUGGUGCUUUGGGGAUCACUCGGGUAGGUAGUAGAAUGGUCAUUGUGGCUGGUGGUUUUGUUCUGCUUUUGACUGGCAUGUUUGGCAAGAUUGGGGCUGUGUUUGCCAGCAUUCCAACACCCAUCAUCGGAGGAAUGUUUCUUGUGAUGUUUGGUAUCAUCGCAGCUGUGGGGGUUUCCAAUUUACAGUAUACAGACAUGAACUCUUCAAGAAACAUAUUCAUCUUUGGAUUUUCUAUAUUUGCGGGUUUGACCAUUCCACACUGGGUGGAGAAUAAUACAGAAAAACUAAAAACAGGAACUGUACAGCUAGACCAAGUGAUCCAGGUGCUGCUAACUACUGGCAUGUUUGUUGGCGGAUUCCUGGCCUUUUUCCUUGAUAAUACUAUUCCAGGAAGCAAAGAAGAACGAGGAAUUCUGGCCUGGAGAAGAGAUUAUAAUGAAGAGUCUGAUGGUACUGUGAAUACCCUGCAUGUCUAUGAUCUUCCAUUUGGAAUAGGUUCCAAGUUCUGUGUUGCUAACUGGUUUAAGUACCUUCCAACGUGCCCCAAGGAGCUGGCUACCCAAGGUGCAAAGGAACAGGAGAAAAGCAACAAAGCUGAUUUUGAAAGGGACUCUGAUAUCAGUAUUAACACAAAAGUUUAAAUCUGCACCAGGAGAAAAAAAAUGGUUUCCUAAACCACUGAAAAAUCUUUUUUGUGGAUUUCAGAGCCUUGAGAUGUGGCUGUAGCAAAAGACUGGGGUCCUGGAAGCAGUUCCAUGAUUUCCCCAUAGAUGGCACCAUCCUGAGUGUCAAUUUCUUUACCAUUUCAGGAAAUUGUCUGUUUAGGGAGUGGGAAGGACAGGUGUGGUCAUGGGAGAGAAUUUGUUUUCCUUUCUACCAUGAAAAACUGUUGCCCAGAAAAUCUGAGUGUAAUUCUUGAGAAGAUGAAUAAACUAAUCUCCAGCAUCAGGCUUAGGUUUCAGGGAAUACAGCCUCGAGCUUUAUCUCAGCUGAACUGACUGGGUGCAGUUGAUCAAACUCCCUAAUUUGCAUGCUUCAGACUUUUGAUGUCCCCCUAUUUUUUAAUCAUCAGAGUUGUUAAAUCUGUAAAAUCUCUGGAGGACAGGUUGCUUUUUAAUGUGGGUUAUUUAAUGACUACAAUAGACUUCUGAAUAAAACCUGAGGUGCCAAAA